GUUUAUAUUAAAACAUGUAUUCACAUUUACUGGAAUUGAUGAAACUAUACGCUGAGAUUCUGUAAAUUGUGUAAUAUCUAUUGAGCCGACAGAAUCAGCUGCAGAUAGAAAAAUGAACUACUCGGAUUACGAUUCAGAUGAUUAUUCUUCAAAUGAAGAUGAGGACUAUGUUCCUUCCGAUGACAAUCUGAGCGAAGAUGACUUGAACGAGUGCGAAAAGGAAGAGGGGUUUGACGCAGAAGACAGCGGUAAGCAACAGUCUGUAGAUGUAAAGACAACAAAGAAGAAGAAGAAGCAGAGCGCUAAAGGCAUUGGGGUGAGGAAGAGGAAGAAAGGAGGGCUUAAGCUGGAGACUGAAGAAGAGGAUGGUGGUACGCGGCAAGAGGAGGCCACUCAAGAGAAGCCAGAGGGAGAGGAUGGUGAGGAUGACGAGGGACCCCCUGGUCCUCCGAAGGAAAUGGAGAAGAAGAAGGCGGACGACCUGUGGGCGAGUUUCCUGAGUGACGUCGGUCCCAGGCCCAAACUGUCCACCCCGGCGUCAGAAUCGGCGCCGAGUGGAAAGAGCCCGCAGGCUUCAGACCCGGAUAUAAAGACUGAUACACCCUCACAGCCCCAAGAACUGAAGCCCAAGGCCAAAGAGCCCUCCAAGAUCACAAUAACAAAGGUUUUUGACUUUGCUGGAGAAGAAGUUAGAGUGACCAAGGAGGUGGAGGCGGACUCCAAAGAGGCCAAGAGCUUCCUGAAGAUCCAGGAGAGUGAGACGAUGAAGGAGCCUUCGCCGAGCCAGCCGCUCGACCCCGGACCCAGUGUGAAGAGGCCUGCGGGAGUGGCCGGUAUCCUUGGCCAGAUCGCGGGGAAGAAGCAGAAGAUGAGCACGCUGGAGAAGUCUCGGCUCGACUGGGACACCUUCAAGAGCGAGGAGGGUAUCGGAGAUGAACUGGCAACCCACAACCGAGGGAAAGAAGGAUACAUCGAGAGGAAGAACUUUCUGGAAAGGGUGGACCACCGACGGUUUGAGCAGGAGAAGACCGUCCGUCUUAAAAACAUGAAACGGUGACACAAACGCAGAGCCGCGCACGCAUAAGGGAUGGACACUGACGCUUUGUUAAUGUAUGUAAGACGCAUGCACACAGACACUCAUACGGACAGACAGACAGACAGACAGAUUCUGACUCAGACGGAUACACUGAAGUAUACGGACACACACUAAUCCAAACGCAUGCACGCACACACACAGAUUCACACCGACAGACAAAUACAAGCACUAAUACACACACACACACACACACA